AUGUGUAAAGAUUUAGCUGGAAAAGAGAGAAAAAGGGAAACAAAACGUCGUCGUUAGGAGUUUGGGUGGCUCUAGUGGCGGUGGUGGUUGUUUCUCCAAUCAGUAAUGGCUAACUCUUCUUCUUCUUCAAUCUUGUUCUCUUGUUACCCAAUUAUUCUGAUCCUAAUUCUCACUUUCUCAGAUUCCAGAAUCCACGUGGCAAGCAUCGGAGUCGGAAUAAACUACGGCCAAAUAGCAAACAACCUCCCAUCACCGUCACGAGUCUCAACCCUUCUCCGAUCACUAAACAUAACCAGAGUUAAACUCUACGACGCCGAUCCAAACGUACUCAAAGCUUUCUCAAACACCCAAACAGAUUUCACAAUCGGACUCGGCAACGAAAAUCUCCAAUCCAUAGCCAAUAACCCAAUCAAAGCUCAACAAUGGAUCCAAACACACCUCUCACCUUACUUACCCCAAACACAAAUCACCUCAAUCGUAGUCGGAAACGAAGUCUUCAACCUAAACGACACUCAAUUAAUGUCGUCUUUGUACCCUGCGAUGAAAACAAUGUACGAUACAUUAGUCAAUUUGGGGCUAAAUUCUAGGGUUAGCAUAACAACAGCUCAUUCAUUAACAAUUUUAUCAAAUUCAUACCCACCUUCAAAUGGUUUAUUCAGAUCAGAUCUAGCUCAAUACCUAAAUCCAAUCCUCAAUUUCCAUUCACAAACUAAAUCACCAUUCUUAAUCAACGCUUACCCUUACUUCGCUUACAAAGAUAACCCUAACGAAGUAUCUUUAGAUUACGUUCUCUUCCGUCCAAAUCAAGGAAUGACCGAUCCAAAUACGAAUCUCCACUACGAUAACAUGUUGUACGCUCAGAUCGACGCUGUUUACGCCGCGAUCAAAGCCUUGGGACACUCCGGAGUCGAAGUGAGAAUCUCCGAAACUGGUUGGCCUUCGAAAGGUGACGAAAACGAAGCUGGAGCUACACCGGAAAAUGCUGAGGUCUAUAACAGUAAUCUUCUUAGAAGAAUCGAACAGAAUCAAGGUACUCCGGCGAAUCCGACGGUACCGGUGGAUAUUUACGUUUUUGCCCUUUUUAAUGAGAAUAUGAAACCUGGUCCGGCAUCGGAGAGGAAUUAUGGACUGUACUAUCCCGAUGGUACUCCGGUGUAUAACAUCGGAUUACAAGGGUAUCUGCCGGAGCUGGCAUUGGAUACUUCGUCGUCGUCAUCGUCUUCUUCAUCGUUCUUUGGUUCAGUUUCUUCUUCUGUUAUUAUUCAUGUAAGAAAAUUGGCCUUUUUUAAUUUAUUUUCUUUUUUUAUUUUUCUAUUUUUUGUUUAUUUUGAAUAAAUGAUAAUUUUGAUUCAAGUAAGAUAUUUUAUUUAAUUUAACUCAAUUUUUGUUUGUAUUAUUUAUAAAUUUUAAUAAUAUUUUUAGUUAGUUUUUUUU